GGCGCUGUUCCACGUUGGCAUGGGACCCUACUAUUGCAUUGUCCAAACUAUCACUAAUCCAGGCGUUUACUGCACAGCUUAAAAAACACGCUGCUGCAUCUUUUAACAUCGAUAUCCCCAAAGGUAAUUCUAUUCCAGUCUCAGUUUAAAAGCUGUUAUGCCUAAGAGUCUUUUCUCAUGGAGUCACUCGCUGCUGUUGGCCUCUCAACCGUACAGCGGUUUAAACGUCUCGAAGAAGUAACCCAGCCGGAAUCAGCAGACAAUCAAUUGCAAGAAUGGCCAAAGAAUAUGUUCCUUGCCCAGUUCGAUCGAUUUGAACUUUGGGCAGUAAAUCUUGGUCUUUUCGUUAUGGGGCAUGGGUCGCUAGAUUAUAGAAUCCGCGAUUCCGAAAGUAUGAAAGAGAGCAUGUACAUGAUGAUACAAAAUCUAAACAGAUCUCUUGACGAAGUUCUAGACUAUGUCAACGGCAACAUCGGCCAAGAAGAUGACGACUCCGAUAUAGACUCCGAGUCUGAAUCGGAUAUAGAUCUGCUUCUUGGAAGCAUUAAAGACCCAAUCGAUCGCUUGUACAAGCUAGCCGUUUGGAUCCGUAACCCUGCGACAAGGCUGACGUCUUCUAAAGCCCGAAAUUUCAAGCAGAUCGAUCCAGAAUCUAACGUGGACCUAUUCGAAUCUUAUGAGAAUCAUGACUACGACUAUGUUAGCUCUCUCUUCUUAGAGUAUGAAAAACAUAAAGCUUUGCAAGAAGCUCCAGCAGUCGAAUGUAAAGACAAAAACCCAGUUGGCGGCGAUCGAGACGCUGACGACAAGGAUCACGUCUGGGAGCCCAUCCGGGGAGUAUUGAAACUGCAUAAGGAAAGAAUAUUACACUGUAGCGAAUCUUACCUAGUUCGCCGCAUAGCUCGUGCCAACGGACGCAGGAGACAGCAGUUUGCUUAUUGGAAAAGGCAUCAAGACAAGCUUCGCGAACAUGCGUCGAUGUUCGUAGAAGCUCCCGCACGCCAACUUUCAGAUGCAGAGCAUAUCAUCAAUGGCCUUAUCGGAGAGACAAAGACAGUUUUAUCAGUCACCACAGCUACCCAGCUACGGAUUCCACAGCUGGCUGGGCAGGAAAUUCUCGAAAAAGAGGGUGUGCUUAAGCUUGACGUCUCUGAGUAUGCCCCAUCCGCGUGGAAUCCCAGCAAAGACACUGUCAGCUUUCCUCUGCCGCCCAAAGUAUCUACAUCUGAUAACUUCUUCGAAUGUCCAUAUUGCUAUACCAUUUGUCCUAUUUCUCUACUCUCAGAAAAAGCUUGGAGGGCUCACAUAAUACGUGAUUUACGACCCUAUAUCUGUACUUACGAGCAAUGUUCAAAUGCUGAGCAGCUAUAUGACACUCGUGAUGAGUGGAUGCAACACGAGAUAUCGACACAUCAAAGGAUAUUUCGAUGUUCCAAGCACGAGGAAGAAAUAUUCACCACCUUGGAAGCAUACAAAGAACACGUUCAGAAUUACCACAAAGGCGAAGCAGAGUUUUCAAAAUUUGCGACAUCAACCGUGAAAAAUGUCCAUAGAAGCUGUCCUGUUUGUUCGAUAAUACUGGGGUCUAUAGAGAAGUUACAAAGCCAUAUCGCUCUCCACCUCGAGCGAUUUGCCAUGUUCUCGUUACCACGGCAUAUAGAUAAUGAUGAUCAAAGCGAGGCCGGGAGUCACUCUAAUCACGCUAAACUCGACUCUAUAUCUUUCAAUGAAGAUCCAGAUGUGGAGUCGACAUGGACUGAUGGAAUCGGGGAUGCUCAAUCUGGUAACCUUACCAAUCUGGAACAGGAUAUAAUCCUCCCCGUCUCCGCCGAAGACAACAGCAGCGAUGAGGGCAAGGGGACGCAGCAAUGCGAAGUCCCCGGGUGCGGCAAGACCUUCAAAUCUUUCAAGCAGCUCAAGCUUCACAUACUCUUAUAUCACGACGAGUUACCUAGGGGGGACUUCAUCUGUGGCUUCUGUACGGCUGAGAGGACAUUCGCCCAUAUUGAUGACUUAAAAAGACAUAUGAUAGACGUUCAUAGGCUUAAGCAGACUCCUCCCACCAGGCGUAAGGGGACCAACGUUGCACUCCUGACACUCGCUGACUACCCCCCCGGCGCCACUGGCAAGUGCGGCACUUGCCCAAAGACUUUCCCCAAUGCUCAAGUCUUUUACGAUCACUUGGAUGGUUGCUUGAUGAGUUUCAAGGACGAGGAUGGCGGAGGGCGCAUGAAAUAUGCGGAGGAGCGCGGCGAGGAAAAGGCCCGCCACCUCGCUCAUAAACAGAAGCGUCGCGAAGAGGAAGAGUCCCGGCGCCUUGAAUACGAAGCCGAGCGUCGGCGUCUGUCCGCUCGCUUUGAGAAGCCAUUGCGCCAGGUUGCUGCCAGAGGAAGCCGCCGACGCAGCGCCGUCUACGAAGAUGGAGUUGUCUACCGACUCGACGAUGCUCUUGAGCGGACCCAGGAUGGUACGCAUCUACGAGAGGAGCCUCCAACCCCCCACAUCGCUGCUGAUUAUAAUAACGACAAAGAAUCAGGAAACAGAGAUGGACCCUCAACACGGGCAACAGCCCAGGGUGUUGCGUUUAGCAGUCCCAAAAGUCCUCAACAACAUGAUUCAUCUCAAAUGCAGGAGAAUAUUGGCCUGUCUAGCGAACUAAAUGCAAAGAAUGCCUACAAACCAAUGCCGAUGUAUGAUCUGGAUAUAACUGACAGCAGUCCCGCCGAUCCAGAAAAUAUGGAACGUCGUGGUUCCCCCAAUAUGGAUGACGCACUUAAUUAUUUAGAUAAAGUUAAGGACCAUUUUCAGGAUAAACCUGAAGUCUACGAACAGUUUAUUGAGAUCUUUCAGAACAUCAAAGAACAACAAGCACCAUUACAGGAUGCUUAUGCUGAAAUGGCCACCCUCUUCAACUCUGCACCUGACCUUUUGGAGGAUUUCAAGCAGUUUCUGCCGGACUCUAAGGACCAAACCCCUCGAGGGCAAACACAAAACGAACACCGAGCCAAGGGUAGCAUCAACGCGGAUCAAUUUAUGAAGAAUCUAAUGGGAUUUAUGCGUGAAAAGGGCCUCCCAUUAGAUCCGAAUCCUAUGAUCAGAGACAAGCCCAUUAGCUUGGUGAUCCUGUUCCAGGCCGUGCAGGCAAAAGGCGGUUUCAAGACGCUGACCGCUGGGAAUGGCUGGAGUUCCAUGGCCCAAACCUUAGGACUUCAAACGCAAAACCCCAAUGUUGUUGUGGCGCUGAGACAGAUUUAUGAACAAAAUUUACUCAGGUUUGAGGAGGCCUGGGUGGCUCUCCAAGAAGUGGACCUUGAAACCAUCCUGGGCACACCACAGAAACAGGUGCCGCCGGGCCAAGCCAGGUCAUCUCUUGGCCGUCUAGAGGAUGGCAUAGCUACUGGAUCUGAUCAUACCCAUCAGUCACAGAUAUCUGGUCACAUGGGGAGUCCGACUGAGCUUACUCAGGAUGGCACACACCUGCAAGAAUACGCAGAAGCGCAAGAGGAGAAAGAUCAAAUAGAAGCAGAAAUGCAACGUUUUAACAUCGCAUUUAGAGCAUUGCGGCAUGACGUCAACAAACAAGAAGUGUUAGAAAUCGAAGAAGCGCAAGGUAUAACAGAAGCACAAGAUUUGGCACGCAAAAUGGAAAUUCUGAAAUCAAAAGUCGAAGAGUUGGAAGGUCAAUACACAAAGGAAGCUCCAAGAGCACAGAAAAUCGAAAUAGCACAGGAAUUGACAAAAAAAAUGAGAUCAUUGAGUCCGAAAUAUCUGUUGGAGUCCAUAGAAGAAAUACAAACAAAUCGAAAAAAACGGCAAGAGUUAAUAGUCGAAGGGAAAGAAGCCGAUUCGACCGAGGCCAAGGCCGUUGCGGCGAAGAAGAAGACUGGGGAGGUCGAAGAGCUGGACACGAAGACUUUGGCAGAUCAUACAGCGCCCGUUGAAGCAGUGAACAUGAAGAUAAAUGAGUCUGCUAAAAGGGGAGAGACAGAACCAGCUCCUAUUAAGUUUAAAGAUGCCGUUGGCCGAAAGUUUAGUUUCCCAUUUCAUCUAUGUAACACUUGGCAGGCAAUGGAAGAAUUGAUUAAGCAGGCGUUUCUGCAUGUCGAUGUUCUAGGGCCACGUGUCCAAGAAGGCCACUAUGAUAUAAUUGGUCCUAAUGGCGAGAUUAUUCUUCCGUCGAUUUGGGAGAAAGUCAUUGAACCAGAUUGGGCCGUCACUAUGACCAUGUGGCCUCUCGAUAAACCAUUUAAGGAUCCAGGGAGAAUAGGGAUGUCGCAAAAACCUGAAGACCCUCCACCCUAUCCCUCUCCAGGAUCCCGACGAUUGAGCCCAAAAGAACCUGGUGUUAGGAUCCCUCCUCCACCUCCUGGCUGGAAUAGUGGUGCGCCACCACCUCCUCGCGGACCACCACGUGUAUCUCCCAAUAUUAACAUCGUGGACGCGGCGUCGCCCAAGAGAAAGAACGAUACUAACAGUAGCAAGAAAAAAGCGUCUAUGCUUAAUUUUUUGACUGGAAUGCCUCCUACUAAAAAGAAGCCCGCACCAAUGAACAGACGUAAUAAUCCUCCUCCGACGAAAGAGUUGGAAAAUAUGAAUGGCCAAAAACAAGAUAUGCAUUCGGAAGUGGAAGGCGAGGUUAUAGCUGAAAUGUCUAAGAAACAAUUAGAAAAAGCGGCUGAAGGUGAGGAGGAGGCUCGAAUCCAACUGGAGAAACUUGUACAGGAUAAUGCAAAUUUUUGGCCUAACAUGGCCGUGGAGAAGGCAGAAAAAAAGGCAGAAGAAGAAGGAAAUGAAGAGGAAGAAGCUGCAAGAGAAGAUGUGCUUCGUCCUCGAGAAGAGGGGGAUGGGCAUGGGCAUUCUGGCUACUCUUAGUGAGACAGGCUGUGCCAAGUAUACGCUCGUUAUCAACUUUCUCAUUUCAUAUUUUCUAUGAAUACUGAGGUAUAUUUAUUACUAGACAAGCACGCUGUGAUCCUGAGUAUGCCAUUCAAUAACCUUCGCCAUCAAACCAUCUGGC